AUGAAGUAUCGACAACGUCUGGUGGGAGGCAAUCUCCGAUUUGUGGAAGAGGAGGAACAAAUUGCCGGUCAGUAUCGGCAACGUCUUAUUAGAGGCAAACUUCGAUUUGUUCCACCAGUACUACAGGAAGAGAAUCCUCCAGAGCCAAGCGAUCGUCCAUUUGACGAAAGUGAAGAGAAGGUACCUACUCCUAAUGAUGAUAAUGAUGAUAAUGAUGUCAAAAAUAAGAAUUCUGGAAGAGACGAAGUUGAACACUUUGAUGACUUGUUCAAGGGCGACGAAGCUUGCUAUGAAAUAUCGUCCAUUGGUUCAUUCGAAGCUCUGAUCAGCGGUGAUAAGAGUCUUGAUCGAAACGAUCAAUCUGUCAGAGAUGAGAAACAUGAUAGCCAGCACAAUCAUCAUCAUCGUCAUCGUCAUGCCCUCGAUGAGAAGGAUGUCAGUGAUGAUAGUGCCAGUAGUACCACGAGCGAUGAAGAAUGCGACAUUUGGAAUUCAUGGACCAUGAUCAUAUCUGACUGGUUGCGUCAAAGGGUAGUUUCAGCACAACAUGAGAAAAUGAGAAAAUCUGGAAUGGCAGUACCUCAUGAUUGUGAUAGGGACGAUGGAAGUUUUACUACUACAACAACAGCAUCGGACAGCAGUGCUGCCAGCUCUGAAAGCUCGGGGACCAACUACAUGGGCACCAGUGUACCUCAGCUGGUCCUGCAUAUACUGCGGGACGAGCUCAUUGAGGCUUGUGGCAAUGUGGAAUCCGUCAACGAGACGAAUGAGACAGCUCUGAAGAGCUACAAGAUUUCCAAGAAUCAGCAGCACGAAAAGUUGGGCCUGACAUUUGCCACGAACCACAAAGAUGGGGCCAUCUACAUUUGUGAGAUCAAACAACGGAGUAAAUUCUUGCAUACUGGUCUUCAAGUGGGCUCUAGAGUUGUUUCAAUCAACGGCAUCCCGGCACCAAAGAAACCAAAGAAGCUGCUGAAAAUGCUCAAGCGAGCACGCCGAGAAUUAGUGCUGAUUGCCGAGACGCCGGAUCCAAAAGUAAAGGCUUUUUUGCAAGGUGUGUGCCGCGAUGAUGACGAUUUUAGCAUUCAAACGGAGCCUUGGUAA